GGGCCGUCUUCAAAGGACCGCAGGACUACAUCCCCCAUGAACCCUUUUCACGCCGGCGCGCGUCCUCUCCUCACAGCGCCGGCGCCCUGGGCUCGUCCGCCAUCUUGGUUUCCAGGGUGACAGGACCGUGGUGGCGGGCAGUAGGCCGGCCCGACCCGGCGCGGGGCGGAGAUGCUGGCCUGCCUGAUGAGCAGGCCUCUGCCGCCGAGUCUGGCGCGGCUCUUCGGGGCGAGGGCGGGGCUCCGGCUGGCGGUGCGCGGGGCCUCGGCGACGUCCGCGGCGUCGGCCUCGUCGUCGCUGGCCGGGCGCGAGGAGCUGCAGUACCCAGGCGAGGCCGCUAGGGGCCGCCCGCAGCGCCAGGCGGCGGGAGAAGAGGAGGAAGAAGAAGUGAGGCUGGCGAAGCUGCAGCGCCGCCGCGCGCCCUCUAGGGGGCGCUGCGGGGACGAGGCGCCGUGGCCGCAGUUCAAGGCGCCGGCCGCCAGGGGGCAGGACGCGCAGCAGCUGGGAAGAUACCCCUGCGAGGCGGGCGCCGCCCUGGCGGCGGGCAAAAGGGCGGCAGCCGAAGGAGGCUGGCUGCCCAGGCUGCCCUGCCAGGAGGAGGAGCAGCAGCAGCAGCUGCCGUCCGGGGACGCUAGCGCCCGCCCGCUCCGCAGGGAGCCCAGCGGCCUGCGCCUCUGGCCCAACCCGGAGCGGGCCGGGCGCCACCGCAGCAAAGGGAACCGCGGCAACAGGCGCGGACCCAGGAUCCCGUCCUUCGCCGCCACGGCCGUGGCGGCCGCCGGGCUGGCGUUCUGCUACAGCAAGGGCAACGUCUCCAAAGACUCUCUACUGGAAGCUGCACGGAUCAACAACAUUUCCGAAGUGGACAGGUUGUUGCAGGAAGGUGCCAGUGUGAAUGCCCGGCACAAACUUGGCUGGACAGCUCUGAUGGUAGCUGCUAUAAACCGAAAUUCAAGUGUGGUAAAGCUUCUGCUCACGGCCGGAGCUGACCCAAACCUAGGAGAUGAGUUCAGCAGCGUUUACGAGACGGCCAAAGAGAAAGGGCUCCACUCCCUGGAAGUUCUGGUCACACGGGAGGACGACUUCAACAACCGCCUGAACAACCGGGCCAGUUUCAAGGGCUGCACAGCUUUGCAUUAUGCUGUGCUGGCGGACGAUUACUCCACGGUCAAGUUGCUUCUGGAUGGAGGUGCCAACCCCCUGCAGAGAAAUGAAAUGGGGCACACGGCCGUGGAUUACGCACGGGAGGGGGAGGUCAUGAAGCUCUUGAAAGCGUCCGCAACAAAGUUCCAGGAAGAGCAGCGCAAGAGGGAAAUAGAGGAACGGCGAAGGUUCCCGCUGGAGCAGAGACUCCGGGAACAUAUCAUUGGCCAGGAGAGCGCCAUAGCAACUGUUGGAGCUGCCAUUCGGAGGAAGGAAAAUGGCUGGUACGACGAGGAGCAUCCCUUGGUUUUUCUCUUCUUGGGAUCGUCGGGAAUAGGCAAAACUGAGCUGGCCAAGCAGACUGCCAAGUACCUGCACAAAGAUGUCAAGAAGGGUUUCAUCAGGCUGGACAUGUCUGAGUUUCAGGAAAGACACGAGGUUGCCAAGUUCAUUGGCUCUCCGCCAGGUUACGUCGGCCAUGAGGAAGGCGGCCAGCUCACCAAGAAGCUGAAGCAGUGCCCAAAUGCCGUGGUGCUCUUUGACGAAGUGGACAAGGCCCACCCUGAUGUCCUCACCAUCAUGCUGCAGCUGUUUGAUGAAGGCCGGCUGACAGACGGGAAGGGGAAGACCAUUGACUGCAAAGAUGCCAUCUUCAUCAUGACCUCCAACGUGGCCAGCGACGAGAUCGCCCAGCAUGCCUUGCAGCUGAGGCAGGAGACCGUGGAACUCAGCCGGAAGAGAAUUGCCGAAAAACUAGGUACCCUUUCUCCCUGUGUGCAUUCCUCCCCCCACCCUCUAAUCUCUGGGUGUUCUCUUCCUCCUGCCAAACCCCAACCUGUGUGACAUCCUUUCCGCUGU